AUGCGUGACAUGAAUCAACGCAUUGACACCUUGGAAAACCAACUCCAAGCGGCUGAAGUCGUGCGUGAACAGCAAUACUUACAAUUGCAGGAAUCCCAAACAAAGAUGCAAGAAUCCCAAACUCAACAAUUCAAUAUACUGCGUCAAGAAUUAAACCGACUUGUGGAGUCACACAUAGGCAACAACGGUUCUGGUGUUCUGGGUGCCGGUCCACACCGCACCCAUACUGCCACUUCUGGCCAGCAUCACCCACAACCCAUGAAAAUCACCUUUCCACGCUUCUCUGACGGAGACCCCACCGACUGGAUAUUUAGUGCCACACGCUAUUUUGAUUAUUAUCACAUUCCAGAUAAUGAGAGGGUUUUAUUAGCUUCUUUCAAUUUGGACAAACUAGCCUCUUCCUGGUUUCAUGGCCUUUUUAAUGAUGGGCUGCUCCCCAAUUGGCCUGCCUUGUUUACGGCUAUGCAACGCCGUUUUGGGCCAUCAGAAUUUGAGGACCCUGCGGUUUCUUUGGCUAACCUACGCCAACAGACCACCGUUAGCGAUUUUCAAGCAAAUUUUGAGAUCAUCGCUAGCCGCACUCCAGGUCUCUCCCCAACACUUAAAAGGGCGCUAUUUAUUGCAGGCCUUAAACCCCACAUCAGGCGACCAGUCCUUGUACAACGACCACAGGAUGUCCAUUCUGCUUUUUCAUUAGCCAAGAUUUAUGAAGACCAGCAAGCUGACACCCACAGUGGUCCCCGACAACAACGGCCAUGGCUACCACGCCCAUCCAUUACCAACAAUAACAACUCAAAUACGUUUUCCCCCAACAAAAAUACUACUUCAUCUCCUUCCGUACCAAUUAAACGCCUGACCGUAGAGGAAAUUCAAAACAAACGUGACAAAGGACUUUGUUUUGGCUGUGAUGAAAGGUAUGUUUUCGGACACAAAUGCAAAGGAAAAGCCACCUUGUUAUAUUUUGAAGGUACUGACGAUGAUAAUGCCCAACCAAUGGAGGAGGACACUCCAGUUAUUCCGCCAGAUGCAGACCCUCUCCCUAAUUCUUUUUCCGAGAUUAGUUUGAAUGCUCUUUUUGGUCAUUAUUCACCUCGGUCUUUCCGUUUAACGGGAUCAAUACAUGGCAAACAGGUCCAAAUACUGGUUGAUGGAGCUAGCACCCAUAACUUUAUUACUCAUAAAAUGGCCACUUACUUGGGACUUGUACUACAAACCGUUCCACCGUUUACGGUCCAAGUAGGCAAUGGCGAUGGGUUGACCUGCAAGGCUCUUUGUUGCGACAUUCCGUUAAUGCUGCAAUCCCACAGAUUUUUCUUGGAUUUAUAUGUGUUGGACCUACAAGGCGCUGAUAUAGUUCUAGGAGUUCAAUGGUUAGCCACAUUGGGACCCAUUCUUACGGAUUAUGGAAAAUUGCUCAUGAGUUUUGAGCACCAUGGCAAUACUAUUCAACUACAAGGACAACGGCCAGAUACUUCCCUGAUGAUUUCACCGGCAAAACUUAACAAGCUUAUUGCUAGUAAUGCCUACACUUCAUGCCUGAUGUGUUUUACCCAAUCCGCCCACACUUCCACCAUUACUACACCUUCACACACUGAUCCCAUCCCCCAUACAGUCCAUGAAAUCCAACAAUUAUUGGCCAACUACUCUGAUGUCUUCACCAUUCCCACCACAUUACCCCCCAACCGUUCCCAUAAUCAUCAUAUUACUCUACUUCCCAAUUCUAAAGCUGUCCAAGUUAGACCUUACCGUUACCCUCAUUUCCGAAAGAAUGAAAUUGAAAAAUUAUGUCAGGAAAUGCUUCAAUCCGGUAUUAUUCGACCAAGUCAAUCGCCAUUUAGUUCUCCUGUUUUAUUGGUCAAAAAGAAGGAUGACACUUGA